GCAUGUGACCAUAUGAGCACGACGCUGAUAGUCACAUACGAUAGAACAGUCUCUGUGGAGAGGAUAUGUUCUAGCUUAUGCUCUUUUCUUAAACUUGUAGGCUUUUCAUCUCAAGGGAACAUUGGUGCCAAGAACAGUUCUUUCACUGGAAAUUUAUAUUGCGUCGGAUCCAGUUCCUGCUGCAAAGCCAGUUUUUUCUUCUUUUUUUUUUCUUUUUCCCUCUCACCACAUUCAGAUGACGUGUCUCUUCCUUCAGCUUUACUUCAAGGAUCUUUUAUGAGUCACAUCCUCAAAAGAGAAGUUUCUUUCUUUUCUUAUUUCACUCGUGGCACGUUUAAGAAAAAGACGUCGUUCCUGUAUGCUUGGUCUUGUCUGGUGAAGUUUUCUUUGCAAAAUGUUGUGUCAUAAAGCAUGCGAGGCAGCGGAAUACAUUAAAAAAAUGCACCCGAUGUGGCAGGAGCCUCUGGAAAUGCCUGGAGGAGAGCGCCAGUCUCCCAUCGACAUCAGCCUGCGUAAAAGCGUCUUCGACCCAAACCUGAAGCCAUUCGUUACACAGUACGACCCCAGAACCUGCCAGCAGAUCUGGAACAACGGAUACUCCUUCCUCGUCGAGUACGACGACACGACAGACAAGUCCACACUGCGUGGUGGUCCCCUGGAGGAUAAGUUCAGGUUGUGUCAAUUUCAUUUCCACUGGGGAGAGAAUAACACCUGGGGCUCUGAACACACUGUGGACCGCCACCUCUACCCCGCUGAGCUCCACUUGGUCCACUGGAAUGCAGAUAAAUACGCUUUGUUUGAGGAGGCCAUCAUGGAGGAGAAUGGACUGGCUGUUAUCGGGGUCUUCCUGAAGGUUGGGAAGAGACAUGAGGGUCUGCAGAAGCUGGUGGACGCUUUACCUGCCGUCAGACACAAGGAUAGUGUAGUGGAGUUCACUAAAUUUGACCCAUCCUGCCUCCUGCCUGAGAGCAUGAACGAAUAUUGGACGUACGCCGGAUCUCUAACCACGCCCCCGCUGACCGAGGCCGUCACCUGGAUCAUCAUGAAGCAGGCCAUUGAAGUGAGCCAUGAACAGUUGGCUGUGUUCAGGAGUCUGCUGUUCACCUCGGCGGAGGAAGAGGUCCAGAAGAGCAUGGUGAACAACUUCCGGGUCCAGCAGCCUCUAAAGGGACGGACAGUUCGCUCGUCCUUCAGCCCGUUCCUCGAGAACGUUCCUUCCACUGACCCUUAAACACUCACCCUGACCCUGUGAAGUACUGAUGGUGUCAUCUCAGUCUUAUAACCGGUGAUGCUCGUCACAACAUCCCAAAUUUUCAGCCCAAUUUAUGACCAGGAACUCGAGUCAGGUCCAAAAGUCUGAGACCACUAACAAGCAUUUCAUCGUAGAGAAAGGUUUAUUGUAGGUUUAUUGAAUAAUUGAACUUCACUAAUCAAAAUUGGAAUACAGGAUAUUCAGAUGCAUUUACUUUAAUUUAAAAUGUUAGUAAAGGACAGGACUUUUGUACCCGACUCUCCUCAGACACUUUGUGCCACUUUAUAUAGCUCCUGAAGCUUCUGUUCAAAAAUGUUUUAACUUUUAAUAACAUUCUUUACUUGUAUUUUUUUUUUCUGGAGAUGAAAUUACUUUCCUGAACACAUAUGCAUGUUGCAGGAGAUGUUUGAUUGUGACCUAGGAAAUGUACAACUUGGCUAUACACUGACCGUUUUAAACCCUGACAUUUCUAAUAUUUUACUAAUCACCAUUACAUUAUACAGAGCAGUAGGAUUUUAUUUUAAUGGCAGGCGCACUUGGUGGAUAAAGCUGUUAAGCCUGUAGAAAAUUACUUGUAUACGGUACAGUGCACUACAGAGGUGCCAUCAUUUACAUCACUUACAGUUGCAGGUUUUAUUUCAGAAGGCAUGCCUUAUUGUAGCUCUACAGAAAUAUGACAGAUUUUCAGGUGGGACACUUAUAGAUACUGGAAAAAUAUGUUGUGCGUGUAGGAAUUUAACUUCCUGCCCGUUUUUGCUUAACUAAGAUGGAUUACAUCACUGAUAUGUGCUAUAUGUUAAUGUGUUUUGAUUAUUCUGGCCUCCAUUGUUAUCCAUUGCAUCAAAAUUAAAUAAAAACAAAAAAUAAAGAAACAUUAGGUAUAAUUGGCACAAUGUAAGCAUUAGCUUUGAUGGGAUUUGAGAAUAUUUUACUUCAACUAAAUAAUGACUGCAUAAUCCUAUCAAUUAAUUCAGAACAUUUCAUAUUUCAUAAGACAGCAUCUAAUUUCAUUGAUUUUUCUCCAUUCUUCUGCAGUGGCAUGGCACUCCUGAUGUUCCUGCCAACAUUGCAAGAGUAAAAACUAUUUUGUCUGAGAUCAGUAUAUCUCCUAACUCUGCUUCAGUGUCCGUGCAGAUUUAUUUCCAGUCUCUGUAGCCGUCCCCACUUAAAGUUCCUCUUCAUACAGAAAAGAAAUGAUACAGUGACCUUCUCGUGUGGUCUUCAUUUCUCAUACAGUUUUAAUAACUGACCCUGCAGUUGAUGUUUACUGCCCGAGAAAACUCAAUUUAAACGUUAAACUGCUGCACACUUCCUUUACUGGUUUACUGUUAACAAGUGAGAUUAUUUAAGUUUAUCUUUCUGACCAAUUAGCUCAUUUAGAUGAUAAUCUUUAUAUCAGAUAUCACUUUAUACAGGCUAUAUUUAAAUAGCCGAGUUUAUGAUCUAGUGGAUUCACAUGCGGGAUGUAACACAAACUACCGGAAAUGCUAAAAUACCAUAUACAAGACAUUUUUAUAUUUGGUACUGUGACUUGUUGCCUGACUUUUUUUUUUUUUUUUUUAAUGAUUUAUAACUACUUAACUCUUUUACAAAACUGCACUCUAGCUCUUCUUAAAUAUUGGGACAUUGCUUUUUUUCACAAGGUAUUUAGAUGGUGCAUCUUAUACUUCAUAUAUAUAUAUAUAUAUAUAUAUAUAUAUAUAUAUAUAUAUAUAUAUAUAUAUAUAUAUAUAUAUAUAUAGUCCAGAAAAUGUAAAUAUAUAUAAAAUAACUAGUUUAGAUUUGAUCUGAUCUGGUAUUCGUUAAUUUUGCGAUGCUAAUAAUAAAUGCUAGUUAAAAGGAGACCAGCUUUUAUGAAUCCGAAAUCGGUAUAAAGCGAAUUAGUGAUUAUUUAUGUUCAUUUAUUAUUAGAAUACUUAAUUUUGCUUCUAUUAUUAUUAGUUUUGCCAUAUAUUAAAAUUUCUAAGUAGCUGAGUUUAGUUGAAAUCCUGUUAUUUUUUAAACAUAUAACAUGACAGAAAAACAUGGAGAAAAUUAAUUCUUGAGGUAGUUGAUAACAUUCCUCCUGCAAAUGUAGUAAGAGAAUACAUAAUAAAAUACAAAUACAUAUACUUGCAUUUUAGAGUAUUUAUAACAGUAGUUUGUUGUCACAUGUGGUAAAGUUAAAAUGACACUGCUUGUCCCAUAGCCAUGACAAUUUCUCUAGACAGAUCAAAUUUGUAAUCUAGAGCGAAUUAUUAUCCAGAAAAUACGGUAACGGCAUACAAGCCCGUCUCUUUUAUUACAGAUUUACUCAUAUUUUAUGGUAUUUUCUGCAUGUGUUAUACAAAUAAUAUAUGGUGUGUGUGUGUAUAUGUAUGUAUGUAUGUAUGUGUAUAUAUAUAUAUAUAUAUAUAUAUAUAUAUAUAUAUAUAUAUAUAUAUAUAUAUAUAUAUAUAUAUAUAUAUGUGUGUAUAUAUAUAAUAUAAUAUAAAUUAUACAGUUAGGAGCUUUAUCUGCACAUUAUGGCUACAUCAUGUAGUUUUGACGUUUAUGCACAUGGAAGCGAUAUACAUAGUUACUGGUUCAGAUUUUUAUUCCAUAUGAAACAAAGUUUGGAAAACGACAGUGCCUUUAGCAUUACGCUCCCACGCUGUUUCAUUGUCCCACUGCCAAAAAUCUGUCCUUGAUUCCAGAUGACGAGUGAAGGACAGAUCAGUGAGUGGUGCUUUUGUGAGAGUUUUUAUUAUUAUUAUUAUUAUUAUUAUUAUUAUUAUUAUUAUUAUUAUUAUUAUUAUUAUUAUCGUUGCUAUUAUAACGGUCCACUAGAGGGUGCCGGAGCUCCAGGAGAGCGAUGCAGUUCCUGUAUAUUCAGAUUCCAGCAGUGAUCUUCUGCUUUUACAAACCGAAGUGUACAUGAACUGACUCGUUAAAUCAGAGCAGGAAAAUCAGUAAAAUGUGCCAGAUGUAGGCACCCUGCCCUCUCCACCUCCUUACGUGCAGACACGUACACUGAAGUUUAGUGAUCACAAGAGAUUUGACUUUUAUUACUAUUUGAUAUAUAAACAGUGGUGGGUUUGUUUUUUUGUUUUUUUUAAAGUCUUGUAUAUUUUAAAGUUAAUGAGCAGGUUUGGCAGGAAAAUCACCAAACAGUGCUAAAAUCUUUCACCUGACAAUAUGUAGGUUCUAAGGACCUCAAGUUACUGUUUUAUUACUGUUUAAACACUAUUAGCACCACAGAGAUGAAAUAAACCCUAACUGUAUGUAAAUUAAAUUACGUUAAAAAUGAA